UGCCAAACGCAAGAAUAUCCUACAUUAUACAUGUAUGUUCUUCUAAUAUCUUCUCAAUUGAAGCUUACAAAUAGUCCUACAUUAAUAAAACGCGACACACAUGCAGUCUAUCUGGAGUAAAUGCAUUUGCAUGAAGUGACCACCGAGGAAGUUUGUUAUUAAGUGCAUGGUACAGCCUGCAUCCGGAUGCGGCGAAUUGUUUCUGCUCAGCGGGAAUGAAUUUGAAGCCGUACAAUAUUGCGGACCAAAACGGAACCAUGGACAGAAUGUGUUGACACUGUCGUCUUCAUUGGAUUCAAGUUUUACUGGUCUGCAGAGUGAAAGCAUCACACAACACCCACCAACAACCUGGAUAGUUAUCCGCUAGCAGAUCAACUGUUGUUCGAGGAAGAGAUGCAAGAGACAACGAGGAAGUAAAACAUGAGGAAAGCAAAACAUUCAGAGUUAUAAAGCUGGACUGAGAGAAGACCAGAGGAUAAAGAGACAGAGAGAAGGGGUGAGUUUUUGAGCUGCAGUGUGGAGGUUGGAGGGAGGUCAUGGUGGGGCAGGGGCUGUGGGUGUUUAAGCCCCGCUUUGGGAAGCGUGGGGGCCGGUUCGGGGUGGUGCCUGCUCUCUGUGUGCUGAUAGUCAGUGCUGCCCUGCUAGCUCUACUCUUCAUUGACUCCAUUGAGUCAUGGGCCACAUACAUGAAUAUGAACACAAUGGUAGAGGCACAGGGGGGGAUCAUACCCCCUCAGAGUGUCCUCCCAACCAGACCCGAGGAGUACCUCCUUAUGCCCAGCCCUCAUGUCUGCCAGCAUGCCAAGCCCUACCUCAUCACCAUGGUGACUUCCGCCCCAGCCAAUCAGAGGGCCCGCCAGGCCAUCCGGGACACGUGGGGUGGGGAGGUGGAGGUCAGGGGUCAUAAGGUCAUGACCUUGUUCAUGCUCGGGGUGGCCUCUGACCCCGGGCUAGCCAAGCUGCUGAUAGAUGAGUCCUGGGAAAGAGGGGACCUGAUCCAAGGGCGCUUCUGGGAGUCCUACUCCAACCUGACCCUGAAGACCCUAUCGAUGCUGAGCUGGGCCCGACGCUUCUGCCCCCAGGCCCACUUCCUGGCCAAGGUGGACGAUGACGUCCUGUUCAACCCUGGGGCCCUGCUGCACUACCUGAACAGCACCUACGAGCACGGGGACCUGUACCUGGGCCGGCUCCACCACCACGUGGCUCCAGACCGAAACCCAGGCAGUAAGCACUACCUCCCUAGAGGGGCGUACCCUGCCUCUGUCUUCCCCGACUACUGCAGCGGCACUGCCUACAUCCUCUCCCGCUCCGCCUUGCUCAAGAUCUCCCUGACGGCCGCUGCCUCGCAUCCGUCCACUCCUCUGCCCCCCGAGGACAUGUUUGUGGGUCUGUGUGCCCGUGAGGCUGGAGUGCUGCCCUCCCACUGCCCACUGUUCUCUGGUGGGCCUGUGGUGCCCUACACACGCUGCUGCUACCAGGCCAUGGUGUCCAUCCAUCACAUCUCCCCCAGCGAGAUGCUCCGGUUCUGGGCUGACGUCCACUCCCCUCCCCCCUGCUCCUGGUUGGGUAUGCGUGCCUCCCUGGGGGUCUGUAAAGUCCGGGCCAUGCUGGGGACCUUUCUGGGGGUGGAGCAGGGUCUGUGAGAGAGUUAUUGCCAUUGUGGAUAGAAAAUACUAUUGUGUUAUGGGGGGCUGUGCCUCUGCCAAUACUGUGAAUAGCACAAGCGGCAAGCACUCUAUUUCUUUAGCUACGAUAAGGAAUCACUGUGCAGUGUGAAAAUGUACUUUUAUUUUGAUAGACUUUUAUGAAUACUUUAAUGUAUUUUAUGUUGAUGAUUAUUACGCUAGCAUUUUGUAAAAGCUGAAGCUAUAUGAAUCAGUUGAAGGGAAUUAGUGUGAAUAUAUUUUUAAGACUGUUAAAACACACACUACACAGACAUAUACUGUAGAUAUGAAAAUAUUACUGACCAGGAAACGCAUAACAUUCAGGAUAUCCUAAUGUCAGUGUUUCACCUAUAUUAAUUUAGCAGUGUUUGAUAUUUCAUCCAGUACAACAAAGAAACAUUUAAAAAUCGAAUGUAAAUGCUUAAAUGACAAAUCAUUUCUCACGUUUGCCAUUUCAUUUGCUUGUUGUGAUAGCAUGAAUUCUGACAAAUUACAUUAAUUCUCAAUUGACAAUUGACAAUGCUUUUCCAUACUCCCUCCAGCAUGUGGCAUUUUUUCAUUGUUUCGCCCAACAAGCAAGGAGUUUUUGUAUGGAAGUCAAUGAGAGGGUGUUGAAUUCGGUUAACAAAAAAAUUGAUUUACUACAUGAGGUUUAUUUGAUCGAAUAGAAGUUUCGUAAUGAUUAAGUUGGUACGAGUCUGUUAUAAGUAGGACACAUGACAUCCCGGCAACUUUGAGAAAAAACACGUUAAAUCGGAGUUGUCUCUAGAUGGCUAUGCAUAUUCAUGGCAUGAGGCUAGUACCAUAGCCUCUCUCUCCACUGAAUACAGGCGGUUGCGGGCGGUUGUCAACAUCCCUCAUCGGAUAUUCAAAAAAGGAUUACAAUAAUGAGCUGUAUCCACCAAUCCAAAGAAAGGAUAGGCGGGAGCUAGACAGCCCGCCGUGUCGCUUUGUGAACAACGACUCCCAUUGUUAGGGUGGAAAGACAUGUAUCUUGUCAGUAUACGGUAGCCAUAAUAUUUGGUAUGCUAGCAUGCCCAGGCAACCUCUUCCGCCUCACAUUACCAAAACACCGCCAACCGUGUUUGAUUGACAGGUCUAACACAUUGAAAAGGCAAAGGAGCAAUGGGGAAACUAUAUAACAAAAUUAAGGAUUGCAAUUGAUUUAUCGAAUUUUAAUGAUCAUUUGAAUUUUGACAGUCUUAAACCACAGAGUUUGGAAAAUAAUUGUUAAUUGUAACUGAGAAAGCAUGAAUUGUGACAAAAAUAAAAUGCAGUCACAACAAGCAAAAACAUGAGAAAUAGUUUGUCAUUUAAGCAUUUAUAUGCCGUUUUUAAAUAUGUCAGUGUUGUACUGGAUAGUACCAUGGAAUUUAAAUAUGUGACUCGUUUCAGGAAACUACUUCACUACUUCACAGGAGAGGCAUUUCAAUACAAAUUAAUUUUUUUCAUAAAAAUACAUUUUUGCCCAGAAAUUCCUACUGGAACAUGCGAACUUUCUUGUGCCUUAACCAUUAAUGUGUAUGCCAUCUGUAAAUACGAAUAAAACGAUUACAUUACGA